AAGUCGUUUGGUAUUUGUCGGAUAUACAAAUGUAUACACAAUGAAAUCUAUUUAGUAUUCAAAGAAACCGUUACUUAAAUAUUAAAAAAAUUUAUAUAUAUAUUUUUUUUUGUAUAUAGCUAUUGAUCAAUAUGUUUGACACCAUAUGACAUUAUUUAGUUGAAACUCAAUUAAACCUUGCCACUACUGGCAUAAAUUUUUUGUGGUUUACCGUUAGGAUGCUUGGAAUAACUUGUAACAUCCUCUCAACAAUUUUCAGUCAGUCUUUAACUAUAUUACAAGUAUCAUAUUAAUAACUUUAAACAUCUCUAUGUUUUUUUUUUUUUUAUUUAUAAUUUUUUUAAAAAUGUUUAUAUAAAAAAAUUGAAUCAAUAAUUUUUAACAAUCACAACAAAAUUGGCUUUUAUUAUAUUGUUUUAAAAAAAAAAUAAAUACCAAACAUUAAAUAAACCUGUUUUUAAAAGUGUGUUUAACUAUAAUAAUAAGACGUUAAUUUUAUUUAAAUCACAAGUACUUGAAGUAUAACUGUAUUUAUUUUAAAAUGAAAAAAGCUCAAAUCAUUCUAUUAAGUUUGUUUAUAUUUUUUUUAAACUGGAACAAUGUUUUGGGAAAAAAUGAAAAAUUAUCAAAACAAUUUCAACUUCAAAGUAAAGAAACAAAUGCACCAAAUUUUGUACGACUUUUAGUUAUGAGACUUAUAUUUGGUAUUGCAUCGUCAAUGGGACUUGGUGAUAGACUAUCAGGAUUUUUAGGUGGUGUAUUUGUACCACCUGGAGCUGAUGAUUAUGAUGAUUAUGAUUUAUUUGAUGGUGAUGACAUUGAUUUAUAAAUCUUUCUUAUUAGAUAAA